UCGAAUCAACACGUUCAGUAUUAAAAUUUUAAAUUUUAUCCUACAAGUGAAUACAUAGUUUACUUAAUAUUUAUAUUUUUAUACGAAAGAACAUACAUUCAAUCAUCAUACCAAUAUGUUGGAUUAUCCACGGGCAUCCAAUGCCGUGAAUGUCGGAGGUUCGAUUACAUUUGUAGCAGGUAUAUUGUUACUUAUGUCUCUUUGGAGCCCUUAUUGGAUGCAAUCAUAUGAAGAAACAUUCAGUAGUUUCAAAAAUAUGGGAGUCUGGCAGUAUUGCUUUGAAAACUUUCGUUAUCCAUACUUUCAAUUUGACAAAUUAUUUAAUGGUUGUCAUAGUGUUUAUUCAGAAGAAUACUACGUCAUUAGAGAAUGGCUACUUCCAGGAUGGCUAUUGGUAGUACAAGCAUUUGUAACUACAGCAUUUUUACUUUCUUUAUUUGGACAAACAGUCUUAGCAAUGAUCCUGACAAGGUUUCCACUAAAAUUUGUUUUGGAAAAUGAAUGGCUCCUUUCAAGUACAGUUAGUAUUUGCGACGGCAUUGCUGCUACAUUGCUGUUUCUUUCUGUAAUUAUUUUUGGAAGUCAGUGUCGGAGAAGAGAUUGGUUGAUGUAUCCCAACUUUAAUCAUCUGUCCUGGUCUUACUGGUUAGCUGUUAUUUCGUGUUGUAUGCACAUAGUUGGAGCCUUUUUGCUCUACUUGGAUGCUAAAGCUAGUUAUGGAAGACGAAGAGAAUCUCGAAAUUUGAUAAUGCAAAUGCAACCAAAUCCUAGAACUCAACAAGGACUGCAGCGAACAAAUUAUUUAUAAUAUAUUUUUUACACUUUUCGCGUUUUUUUAUGUUUAUAAUACCAUAUUUAUAACUCCAUGUUAUUGGAAAGAAAAGUCCGUCCACUUUUCAGCUUUAUAUGUUAUCAAGAUACUUGAUAGUAUAUGUAUCAGUAUAAAAAACUGAAAUUUUCAUUGCACUAGUACAAGUUUUAUAUGAUGAAACUAUUCCGUCCGUCGAUUAUAAGAACUUGACUGUUAGUAUUUAAAUAUUUUUAAUGUUUCAUGAUUAUUACUAUUAUAUUAUCAAUUAUAAUAAUUAAAAAACCUUAUUUCUCUUUAUGAAACUAAUUUAUUUGAUGUAUUGUAAAAUGUGCUUAAUAUGUGCAAAGUAGGUACUUCGUGAGAACUAAAACAUUUUGUAUUACUUUCAGUAAACUACAACUUUUUGCGAUCCGCCAAUUUCUACAUUUUAAGCAUCAGUUUCAUACAAAAAUCUAUCAAAAAAAUGUACUGGAUA